UCCUUGAGCACACGCUCGUAGUCACUGCACUGUAAACCACACAAAACUUAAGGAUUUCUCACUGACUCCUGUCAGCUUCAUUGGCUAAAUGAACGAGGUGUUGGGAUGGAUAUGGCAGAUGGCUAACUAACCCUUUCGUGUCUCUGACGCACUGCUUUGGUGGCGAUGCUUUGCACUGGAGGUGUCCUGCAUCAUUCAUCUGUUCAAUCAAAUCGUGCUGUAACCCGCCAACAUCUAGGAGCCUUCCAUGGAUAGAUCCACAUUUACCCAACAGGUGGAGAGCGUUGAGCGUAAUGUAAAAUUUUUGCAACAGGAACACCGGAUCCUCCUUAGCGGUCUACGGCUAGAGAUCCGCAACCUGAAGAAACGAUGCAAUGAGCUGAGUUGUGAACUAAGUGAAAGAGCACCAGUAAAAAGCCAAGAAGAUAUCAAACAAGAGGAAGAGCUUCUGCAGGCACGAUUACUAGAGACAGAGCAGCAUCUGGCUGAGGAGGAAAGCACCCUGGUGGAGCUGCGAUCAGAGCUACGGAAAAAGGGGGCACUUGCGAGCGCACUGCAGGUUCGACUUCGAGAUGAAGAGCGGCGAUUCCUGGAGGAGCUAAAACGACGCAGUCAUAAGAUUACAACAUUGAGUCGUGAUCUCCGCAAGCAGACUGACCUGGCCGCUCAGCUCUCCUUCCAACUGCAUUCAGCACAGUUUCGAUUGUAUCACCAGACAGAAGACUACGAGGAAGAGGAUGAAGAAGAAGAGGAUGAAGGAGGCACCAUGCAGGAAUCAGAAUGGACUGCAAAUUCUCCAUGGACAUCUCCAGUAAUGGCGGAAAGUCCACGUCAAAGCCGAGCUUCAGGAAGGGUGCGGAGAUCAGAAAGAGUGAGGGAAUGCGUGCCCCGCGAAAGGGUGCUUGGGCCCGAAGAGGCACGCCCCAUGCCUGAUCCCGCCCUUUUCCUUUAUCCUUUCAGACAUAGGCUCCUCCCCUUGCACAGGUCACUUGGAGGUCACUGGAGAGAAGGUGGCCUUUCAAGGAUGCCAGAAGCUCGAAUAGGUAGAUUCAGAGACCGACCACUGAGGGAGGACAUUGGACCAGAGACAACUGAGUUAUAAAGUGCAACAGUGCCCUUUAUUCAAUGGCCUUGGUUCUGGAGGGAUUUUUCCCAUUCAUUUUUCCUAUAGAGUGUUUUUUAAAGGUGCUGUAUGCAAUUUUUUUUCACUGUACUAAAGCAUAAAAAUACCAUAAUAUGUUUGCAGGUAUGUAAGAAUACACAUACUUGUUCCUCCAAAAAACUAAGCGACAGCCAGUUAUUCUGCUUUGAAAUGUGUGUUCCUUGUCUGAAUGUCUGUUUUUUUUUUUGGUCUGUGUGAUUCCGCCCACUGCUAAUUUACUAGGGAUUAUUUUGACACACUUGGUUGCCAGUUAGCGGAAAAUUUCUCAGUACUGCAGCCAUGGAAACGAGCAAACAAACUGGAUCAGAGAUCGCAGAUUCCACCCCACCUAAAAAGCCUUGGCAUCCAAGC